UUUAUUUUAUAUUAAAGAUUUUCUAAAUGUUACAUUACAAGGGAGUAAAGGAGGUCAUUAUGUACAAUCUAUUAUGCAAAGAAGCAACUUCCACCAGAUACCUCUCUCUCUCUCUCUCUAGUAAUGAAAAGCAUGCGCACACUUCAUAUCUACUGAUGACAGGUUUUAAAGCUAUGAAAGAAAUGACUGCAUACACUUCAACAGCUCAAGUCAAGCUAAUCAUCAUAGCAAAUCUUCUGAAGAAUUUUUGUUGCAAUGUUUUCUUUUAUCUUUAUAUUUCCUCCUCAGAUAUCCCUCAGAUCCCUUUACUGUGGAAAAUAACUGAAAAUAACAUAAUGCAAAAUGUGGAUUUAAAUAAGACAUUCCAUCAGAUCCAUUAAAAAUAUAAUAUAUAUUUUAUAUGUAUAUCCCAAAUGCUUUUUAAACAGAGCAAAUAAUUUACAACACAGCUUUUUCAAAUAUCCCAGUUUUAUUUUAAUAUAGUACUUCUCACUCCAGUUCUCGACACUUGAAAACACAGUGAUGACUCUGUAUAUCCUUCUUGUGCUUUGUAAACAUCAAUAAUUCCGUUUCCCACGUCUAAACUGAUUUUUAUUGUUUUAAGCACGAUGCUUUCUCAAAUGCUCUGACAGCUCAAGUGCUUACUGAAGCUUUCAUACUGUGUGAUUUGGGAGACAGUCAUUAGCUGUAACUUGAAUAAAAGUGUAAAAGUAAUGUGUUCUUUCUAAAGAAUACUUUGCAGGUGCCUCUUGGUAAUGCAUGCUGGAGGAGGGUCUAUGGGUUCUAACCUAUGAAAACACCUGAGACAUCCUUCAAAACCACAAGUAAGGUAUGUAAUAAGCCUCACUUUGUUGUGACUCAUAGCACUGACUUACGUAUCAGCUUAUCAGCUUAUCAGCGUAUCAGCUUACUGUACUGUGCAGGUAAGAUUUUUCCCUAUAUUCAUGCAUUAUUCAUGAUUCACCAUUAUUCAUGUUGAACAUAAUUUAAAUCAUUUUAUUUUAUCAUUUUAUUUAUUUAUUUUAAAUAAUGUAAUAAGAUAAGAUAGGAUAAGUAAUAAAUAAGCGUUGUAUGCUUGAUCUGCUUAUCCAAAUAAUAUGUCAAAUAACGUGUCAUGAUAAAUGACAAAAUCUGACAUCGAUUUCAUCUUUUUUUCUCCAUGUUGACGUAUUCUGUGCAGAAUCACCAUGGAUUGCGAGACAACACUGGAUCCAGAUGAUCAUAUCUAUAUGGAACCAGAUGACUUUAUAAAGAAGCUCAAAGUCUCCACUGCAGAAGAGGUGUCAGCAAAGCUAAAAGUGCAUGGACAAGAACUAGAAAACGUCUGCCUCAAUGUGGCCAUAACAGGGAUGACUGGAGCAGGAAAGUCCACCUUCAUCAAUGCCCUAAGAGGUCUGAACGACGAUGAUGAAGAAUCAUCUCCAACUGGAGUAACUGAAACUACCAUGGUUCCGACCAUGUUUCCCCAUCCUAAAAUGCCAAAUGUGAGGAUUUGGGAUCUGCCUGGAAUUGGCACCCCAAGAUUCAAGGCGAAGCAGUACCUGAAAGACGUGAAAUUUGAUACAUUUGAUUUCUUCAUAAUCCUUUCAUCAGACAGAUUCAAGGAAAACGACCUGAUGCUUGCUCAAGAGAUUAAGAAGAAGAAGAAGAACUUUUACUUUGUUCGCUCGAAAGUAGACAAUGAUAUUCGCAGUGAGCGGAAGAAGAAGACAUUCAAUGAACAGCAGGUGCUCUACAAGAUCAGAGAGGACUGCAGGUGUAACCUGAUGAAGCUGGGAAAUCCUAAAGUGUUUCUAGUUUCCUCCCAUGAAUUGGAGAAAUAUGAGUUUCAGGCACUAAUGACUCACCUGGAGGAAGAUCUACCAGAGAAGAAAAGAUUUGCCCUUGUCCAGUCUUUGCCCGUCUGUUCCAUGCAAAUCCUCAAGAAGAAGAAGCAGUAUAUAAAGAAGAUGAUCUGGCUCACAGCCAUUGGGUCUAGUGCAAUUGCAAUGACCACUAUACCAGGUCUGGCAGCGGGCUGCGACAUUGGCAUUGUGAUGGCUUUCUUCAAUAGAAUCUUUCAGGCCUUUGGUCUUGAUGAUAAGUCUCUGCACAGCCUGUCGGAGAGGGUGAACACACCAGUAGCUGAGCUCAAAUCAGUAAUGAAGUCUUGCUUUGCCAGUGGAAUCACUGUUGAGGUUGUUCGCUCAUUUUUUUCCAGGUUUUCCAAGGUUGACAUUGCAAUGAAGGUAGAGUAUGUUUUAAGCAGCUUACCUCUCGUAGGAGCUCUACCAGCUGGGGGGAUUUCUCUUGGGACAAUAUAUUACCUACUGAACAAAGGCCUCAUCGAAAUGGAAAAUGAUGCCAUACAAGUGCUGAAGGCAGCAGGACUGGAGAAGUAAAUACAGUGCAAGGAAGUAACAAAGGCAGAUAACAAACAAAUCAAUGUAUUUGAUAACAUCUGAUGGUGUUUGUCUGUAUACAUGGAAAUUGAAUGAUUUCUUUUUAAUAUGGGAAUAGCGUGAGGUUUCCUGUUAGGUUAAAUGCAAUAAUCACGAGUGAAAAGUAACAAAUGUUGUUUGGUUGUUUUAUCGCAAACUUUUAAAAUCACUGCAUAAUCUCCAGCAGAUGAAUUUAUAGUGUUAUUUUCUUUUGGCUUAAAACAUAAGAUUGUGUGACUAUAUACAUAUCUAUAUGAAUGAACAACAACAUUGCAUUGCAUGAAUACUUGACCAGUUUAUUCUAAUUAACUGUUCAUGUUAUCUGUUUUGUUUUGUUUUUUCUUUUAAAGAUAUUAAUAUUAAACAUAUAGAGUCAUAUUUUGUGUUUUGCAAUAUUUGUGAGGAAAAAGUGCCGUAAGAUCCUAUGUCUUAGUAUGUUGAUAGCAUGGCAUGUCUAAGCAAAUUUUAAGGGUGUUUUUAGAGAACUUGUAUGCUGUAUUCGUAAACGCUGUUUCACAAGCUGCAUUACUUCUUCAUAUGGACACUUUACACUUGAUCAAAGACUCUGCCAGUGACAUGACUACAGGCAAGAUGACGCAAUAUGAAAGCAAAAAGGCAGCUGUUGCAGCAGAUAUUGUUGUUAUGUGAACUGAAAAAAAAAAUCUAUACAAUAAACAAUACAAUAAAGUGAGAGUUUAUGGCAAAACUUUGUUGUGCUCUAUUUGAAUUUAAUUACUGUUUUUUUAUGUUAUUCCAAGUUAAAGGUUAAAG